UGUCUUGAUGGAUGUGUAGAUGGCAGGAAAACUCAGUUCUGUAAUACAACCUGCCCUGGAGGCACCUGUGUUGAAAGGUGUGGGCAGUGCAUCAACAGUGAACCGUGUGACAUCAAGUUUAACACAGGCAUUUGUGAGAAUGGUUGUGAACCAGGUUGGAAGACAGAACUCUGUAAUGUGGCCUGUCCAGCCGGGCAGUAUGGGAAGAACUGUCAGUCCCGGUGUGGAAACUGUGUACCUGGUACAGUGUGUAAACCAGACACUGGCGAGUGUCCAGAAGGGUGUCAGCGUGGUUGGGUGGGCAGCAACUGUGAUAUCAGAGAUGGACCGGAAGAGCCUUUGCCUGGUGGCAGCAGUAAUACUAAUGGUGGUAAUAAGACAGGAGUUAUUGUUGGGUGUGUGAUAGCAGCCAUUGUCAUCCUGGCCGUAGGACUCCUACUGCUACUCUACUACAAGCGGAAGAAUGCCAAACCCCGAGAUGAGAUGCUACCUAUUACUCGUCUUAAUGGUGACCUUAUUAAUGGGCGGGAGAACCCUGGAUUGUCAGGGGAGCCAACUGAACGCUCCCCAGAUGGCAAUCAUAACAUGACCCCUUCAAAAGUCCCGCCUUUACAGUUGUUGGGAGGAGCCACAAGCCCCACCCAGAUCAGUGCCUCCUCUCUCAUUACCAUAUCACCUAUACCUGUGGGCGAGCUAAAGGACUUCAUUGAGAGCAAAAAUAAUGCUGAGUUCGGGUUUGAACCAGAGUUUGAUAUGUUACCUGUAGGAAUGAUGACUUAUGCAGACAUGGGCACUCUCCCUUUCAAUCGUCCAAAAAACAGAUUCCAAACCAUUGUACCUUAUGACUAUAACCGUGUGAUUUUGGAUACACCUGAUGGAGACCCUCUCUACCAGUACAUCAAUGCUUCCUAUGUAGAUGGAUACAAGAAAGGCAGAGCCUACAUUGUUGCUCAAGCUCCUGUGAAGACAACAAGCUUUGACUUCUGGCGGAUGAUCUGGCAGGAGGACGUUGGUAAAAUUGUGAUGAUCACCAAACUGGUGGAGGCUGGAAAGGUGAAAAGUGAGCAGUACUGGUCUGACUUUGACACGCGGUCAUUUGGCUCCUUCAUAGUCCAGCUGGAGAGUUCUGUAGAGUUAGCAGACUUUACUCUAAGGACCUUCCUCGUUUAUAAUGCUGUGACGGAAGAGACUAGAACAAUAAAACACUUCCACUUUACUUCCUGGCCGGAUCACGGCGUCCCUCGUCACCCAUUGGCUGUUCUGCUGUUCAGGAAGAAAAUCGUUUCUGCCUCCACCUUGUGUUCAGGUCCCACGGUCGUCCACUGUAGUGCAGGGAUUGGUAGAUCUGGCUGUUACAUUGCUCUGGAUAUUCUAAUACAGCAAGCUGCCAGAGAAAAACGCGUAGAUGUCUACAACACUGUGGUCAGGCUGCGACAACAACGUGCUAACCUCAUUCCAUCCUUGGAGCAGUAUGUCUUCUUGUAUGAAGCAUUGCUUGAGGCGAUCUGGUUCGAGGACACAAGUAUAUCACAGACAGAGUUCAAAAAGAAAUUUCAAGAAUUGGUAGAGGAUGACGAAUCUGGGAUGAGCAAACUUCAGGAAGAGUUUGAGCUACUGGAAUCCGUGAAGCCAGUGCUGAAGGAGUCUGAAAUCCGCUCUGCAUUAAUCCCUGAGAAUGUGGUCAAGAACAGACAUAAGGACAUCCUUGCAGGAGACCAGCAUCGUCCAUUUUUAUCCACCCACCAUGCUGGCAGCACAGAUUACAUCAACGCUGUGAAAAUACCCAGUUACCGACAGAACACAGUAUUUUUCAUCACAGAGGUGCCAUUACCAUUCAUCGUGAUGGAUUUCUGGCGCCUGGUUUAUGACCACACCUGUAGUACCAUUGUGCUGCUUGGAGACAUCAAUGUUAAAGAUAAGGCUUGUGGUGUGUACUGGCCUGAGAAGAUAGGGACUGUGCAUAUGGAGAGGUUCACUGUAGAACUGGCCUCCACAACAAUGCUGGACCACAACAUCACAGAGAGACAGCUCAAACUUAACGUCUUACAGGGUAUCAAGAAACAGCGAAUGGUGAAGCAGUUUCACUUCCCAGACUGGGCGUUGGAUCAGGGUCUACCCGAGUCACGGACGGCACUGCUCUACCUUUUACAGACACUAGGGAGUUGGCAGCAGGAGUGUGGGGCACAGCCUGUCAUCAUCCAGUGUUUGGAUGGCUGUAGAUGUAGUGGUGUCUUUUGUGCGAUAUAUCUGCUUCUGGAGAGACUUCAGAUUGACGGAGAAGUGGACGUGUUCUCCACUGUUCGGCUCAUACGAGACGCCAGGCCACAAUUCAUCAAAUCCUAUGACCAGUACAAGUUUUGUUAUGAGACAUUAUUAGAACAGAUAACAGAGGGUACAGAAGACAUGGAAGAGUUGUGACCAAAACUAGCCGUCCUAUAGCAUCAGACAGGACCCUUGUCUUCACUGGAAUCUCUUAUGCUGUAAACUUGGCUAUACAGGAAAGUUUUUCCUACAGAACUGUGAUGCAGAAUACUUGUUUGCCAAGAACUCUGAUGCAGGAACCUUGUCUAUGCAGUUUCACGGAAACAAGGGUAUAUGUACAUGUACUUUAGCAUGGGUGUCCUUCCAAUAAUAAUUCUGCAAAUCUUUUGUCAGAGAUGGCAGAGUUGAUGUGUAUCUGGCUGUCCCUCAUGCAUUUAUCGCCCUGCACACUUAGGGUUGUCAGAUCAAGUUUGCAGAACCUAACAAAAAUGACUCCCCAUUGGUCCUGAGCAUCAGUCUGUAAGCAGAUUUCAAAUCUGAGCAGCUCUUCUGUAGACUUGAGUGCCAUGAUGAUCUUUGUAAUAUACUGGGUAUGCUGAGCAAAGAAUUUGUCUUAUGUGCAGAAGCUGACCAAAACAGAACAAAGGGACACAACUGUGUGUAUUGUACAUGUUUUACAAAAUUGGGUAGCAUUUGGACAUUUUGCUGCUCUCCCCUUAAGAGUAGCUCAUGAGAGACUGCCCAUUAGUCUCCAGUAGUCACCUCCCUUCAUACAUAAUGAAUGUGCUGUGAUCCCUUAAUUGGUGCUAGACAUCUACACUGAUUUAAAUGCACAUUAGAGAACUCUUUUCUCCUUGACAACAGAGAGCAAGUAGUCAUGAGUCCAUCACAACCACUGCAUUAUGCAGUUACUCUUGCAAGAACCCAUUAGUGUGUGAUCAUGGAUGUAUGGGGAAUCAAGGAUUGCAUAUUUUAUUCAUUGUUUAUGUAUUCAUACGUUACUCUGCACAAGAAUAGCUGCACAGUUGAACCAAACAGAAAUUUUAAGAUCCUAUUUUUUAUGUAUAGUUGGUUUUUGUUUGCACAUGUACUCAUGUACAUCAUGCAGGUACACCUGUGCAUAUUCAGCACGUGUAAUAACCUGCAACACAUGCAGGGAUGUUUUUAAGGAUUUGUGUUCAUACACAUUGGAGUGGAAGUACAUGUAUGAGGAUGUGUAAUAUGCAUGAUGAGGAUGUGUAAUAUACAUGAUGAGGAUGUGUAAUAUACAUGAUGAGGAUGUGUAAUAUACAUGAUGAGGAUGUGUAAUAUGCAUGAUGAGGAUGUGUAAUAUACAUGAUGAGGAUGUGUAAUAUACAUGAUGAGGAUGUGUAAUAUGCAUGAUGAGGAUGUGUAAUAUACAUGAUGAGGAUGUGUAAUAUACAUGAUGAGGAUGUGUAAUAUGCAUGAUGAGGAUGUGUAAUUUGCAUGAUGAGGAUGUGUAAUGUGCACGUUGAGGAUGUGUAAUUUUUUGUGUACAUGCAAGGAUUCAAUAACUAAGAACAUAGUCGUGUAGGUACAUGUAGGUGCACAGAGAGAGUUCAGGAUGCAUCCUUGUGCACGAUAUAAAUAAUCUGUGCCCCUUCAUAAACUGUUGAGAGAGAGUACAUUUAUGUGGACAGUGAAAUCUGUGUGCUCUGUGAGAACCUAUGUGCAAACCAAGAACGUGGCUAGACAUUUAUGUGGACAGUGAAAUCUGUGUGCUCUGUGAGAACCUAUGUGCAAACCAAGAACGUGGCUAGACAUUUAUGUGGACAGUGAAAUCUGUGUGCUCUGUGAGAACCAAUGUGCAAACCAAGAAUGUGGCCACACAUUUAUGUGGACAGUGAAAUCUGUGUACUCUGUGAGAACCUAUGUGCAAACCAAGAACGUGGCUAGACAUUUAUGUGGACAGUGAAAUCUGUGUGCUCUGUGAGAACCAAUGUGCAAACCAAGAAUGUGGCCACACAUUUAUGUGGACAGUGAAAUCUGUGUACUCUGUGAGAAGCUAUGUGCAAACCAAGAACAUGGCCACGCAUUUAUGUGGACAGUGAAAUCUGUGUGUUCUGUGAGAACCUAUGUGCAAACCAAGAACGUGGCCACACAUUUAUGUGGACAGUGAAAUCUGUGUGCUCUGUGAGAAGCUAUGGGCAAACCAAGAACUCGACCACACAUUUAUGUGGACAGUGAAAUCUGUGUGCUCUGUGAGAACCUAUGUGCAAACCAAGAACGUGGCCACACAUUUAUGUGGACAGUGAAAUCUGUGUACUCUGUGAGAACCUAUGUGCAAACCAAGAACUUGACCAUACAUUUAUGUGGACAGUGAAAUCUGUGUGCUCUGUGAGAAGCUGUGGGCAAACCAAGAACUUGACCAUACAUUUAUGUGCACUAGUAAGUAUCUUUGAGGAUCUUCUACAGGCAUAUCUCUGUCCAUGUGGAAUGGGAAUGAGGAGACCUGGAAUAGCCUGGUUUGCUACACAGUGUAUGCUGUAUCAAUGGUUGCCAGAGCCACUCUUCUCAUCAGCUAGUUAUACAUUAUUUUUGGUGCAUGUUUUCUUUUCAGUCAUCGCAUCAACAUGUUUAAAAGCAGAAGUGUUUUGCAUUAUAAAGUCAGACUUUUUUAUCUACAUAUUCACUUACAUAUUUUAUGAAUGUAGAUCGUUUCUGUGUUAAGGCCUGAUGUUAGAGCACCCGAAAACAGGCACGCAUCAACAUCUUUAUAUCUACUCAUGCAUGCAUAUUUAUAUAUUACAUGUUUAAUAAUGAAUUCACCUGCCAUGCCCAUUAAGGAUGCAUCAUCCACAAUGGUUGUGCUGUAUGUACUUACUACAUGGCAGGAUAUUUAACUUAUAUUAGUCAAAAGCUAUUUUUUGAAUGUAUUUUUAUGUGAAUAUAUUUUAGGAGAAAGUGUUAUUUUGAAACUACACGUCUUUGAUUCUGUAUUCUAACUUCCAUUUUGUUUGUGUGAUUACUUGAUUCAGUCUUUUAGUUUCUCAAUUGGUCAUUUUCCAUUUUUGCCUCAUUUCUUCCAAUAUUCAAAUUUUUUGUCUAUAAAGAUAUUGUUACUUGUUCCUAAUUUAUUGAAUUUUUAAAAGAAAAAAGAAUGCACUCAGAUGUAAACUAAUAAUUACCAUUACAAAAAAAACAAACACUUUUACCGUUUACCGACUUUGAAAUAAGAUUUCAAGAUUUGAAGUAGAUUGAAAUAACCUUGGAAGAUAUAUUAUUGGAUUAUGCAAUUAAAUGCUUAACUUUGACAGUCUGCACAAAGGUGAAGCUCUUUCCCCUUUACAGUCUGCACAAAGUUGAAGCUGUUUCCCUUUGACAAUCUGCACAUAGGUGAAGGUCUUUCCAUUUCACAGGCUGCACAAAGGUAAAACUCUUUCCCUUUCACAAGCUGCACAAAGGUGAAGCUUUUUCCCCUUUACAGGCUGCACAAAGGUGAAGCUCUUUCCCUUUCACAGGCUGCACAAAGGUGAAGCUCUUUCCCUUUUC